AGGUUAGAGGCGCGUGGAACGGACUGAAGCUUGUGCUUGUGAUUGAUCGAGUUUGUGAAGUUGAAGUGUGGUUUUGUGUGAAAUUGCGACGGCAGGGGUGUCGGUGUGUGGUUGAGAUCUGAUUGAUUGCAGUGAGCUUCAGUUGCUACGGUAUUGAGAGUGGUUGAGCGGUUUGUGCGGAGGCUUGUGUGGAUUUGUUUGUUAACUGUUUUCGGCUUGCCAAGAAUUUGGUCAAAGUUCGCGUUCUGCGGAUUGUUGGUUGAUUUGAUGCUCUAAGAGCCCGGGUUGUGGCAGUUGGUAGGUGGUAACCUUUCUCUUUGCGUUCGCCGUGGUGGAAUACCAGAGCGUUUGAUUCGGGGAAUUAGCGGUGAACUUGCUUGUUAUUUGCUGGUUUCCAUCCUUGAUAGAGACCGAGUUGUGGGAGGCUUAUUUCGUCUUUGUCACGAAUCUAGUGCUCACUUUUUAUUUUUUUAUAUUUUGGAUUGCAUGAAGGUGAAGGGUAUAUGUAGUAUGAACCAAACUUAUGUCUUGUACGAAUCUCGGAAACGAGUACAGUUGACCUAAUUUGCAGUGAUAUUGUUAUCAAUUUUAUAUAUAAUUGCUAGAGUCACGAAUCAUUGAUAGGCUGGUUUUGUCGUGUUGGUAUUUGGUGCGGUUUGUGCACGUCGAUCAUCGUCGAUAUUCACCUUUCGUCUUAUCCGUGGUGUUGCCGUGGUGUUGUGGUACUCGACAUGUUCUUAUUGUUCUGUUAUUCGUCAUGCAUUUUGCAGGUCAUGGUUGAGAGAGGUUUCGGAGGACUUAUAUCAAUUUUUUUGUGAUACUGAGGGUUCACUCUGGCAGCUUUUAUUAUUUAUCCGUCUCGCACCGGUGGGCAGGUGUGGGGCCUUGGCAGUUGCCCAGCCCUCGCUGGACAUCAGAAGGCUAGACACUCACAGGUCUGGAGGGCUUGUCGCAUGGUGCAGGGGUUGGCAUUGGAUUACGGCUAAUAUUGUUUUUGGCGUGAUCCCUUGAUUGAAAUCAAUGUAGACAGCUGGGUUGGGGUCAGGAUAUGGCCUCUUAUCCUUGUGGUUCUACUACAUUGUAAUCAAUCUCGUAUUUGGAUUUUAGUGCUGGUCCUCAACUACUUAAGCGAUAGAGUUAAACUAUAAAAUUUAAAAGAAAACAAACGAACUCAAAAAGGUACCGUGUACAACAUCAGAGGGAGUAGACAAUUGUUUUAACUGAGUAAUAUGAGCAUGUUACCUCUAAAAUUUACACGACAGCUACAAGAUACCUUCAUAUCUUGAUGGAAUUUAGCGAGGGUGGUUUCAGUGGGAAAUAUUUUUUGUUUGGGGAGUGGUACGUGUGGAGGAAAGGGGUUUGAGGAAGGUAGUGAUCGACUUCGCGAUUUCCUGCGAGCUUUGUGGAAAGCAUAGAGAGAUCAUGGGCAAGAUACAUUGUUUGACAUCAAUGUUUGUUUGCAAGACUAAACUGAAGAGUAUCACUUCUGCAGAAUGUGCAGAGAGUGAAAGUGUGUGGGGGUCAUCACGGAAGCAACUCUCUUCAAAAGACGGUGACAGUUUGUCUCAGAGUUCCCAGAAAGACUUCAUUGCAAAGGAUGACAGCACUAAUAGUGUUGCGAAUGACAAUAGCAGUCUUAUGACUAUGCCUGCUGGCAACACGUCUAAGAAGCUAGUAUCUGUUUCUUCCAUAACAGAAUGGGUAAAACAAGGUGACGUGUCAUGCAGGGACUCUCCUUGCGUCGAAGUCUCACAAGCAAGUCACGCUGAAUUAUUUGAAUUUGAUACAACAGGCGUAAAUAAGAUGAAAAACGAUGAGGCCCAUAGCCACGAUAACCACAUAUCCGGCGGUAUGAAGGCUGCCGAAGCAUUUGUGGAAGAAGACCGAAAUUCUCGCAGUAUCCGGACUGGGCGUCAUUCCGAGGGAUCACGUAGUGGUCAGCUUUUUCCAGAUGAACGGCACUCAGGGUCUAGUGCGGGCGAUGCAUCUGCUACAUAUUAUGAGCUCCACUCCAACAUGGCUUGCAAGUCUGGCACAGCAGCAGGGCAUAUCUUUGAUGAGGAAGGUGUUGGAGAUUACGCCAGUGAUCCAGGUGUUUACCAUGAUGACUCCUGUCUGAACCCAUUGGAAAAAGACUUGGAGGAUGAUCAACUCUGCCAUGGUGAAGAUGCAGAUCACUUCCUCAAGAAAGCCCGUAGUGAAGGAGGUCUGUACGAACUGGGGCUUAUAUCUCAGCAACUUACAGGUCAAUCAACUGAACAAGAUUUGGCACAUCAUUCUCAAGGAAGCCCAUCAUAUCAAGGUAUCAGCAGACAGGACUCCUCCAUUCACUUGCCAAAAGGUCUAGUUGAAGGUCCCCACUCAGAAAUUGAUCAAAGAGAUGCCAAAGAUCUUUUCUUGAAUGAGAGGUCUUCUGACAAAGAUGUCGAUUACUGCAAUGGUUCCUCAAGGUUGGAAUUUGACGCAUAUUAUCCCAGGAGUGAUGUUCAUAACCCCGAGAGCAUACGUAGUGGAUCUUUCUUACAAAAAGAUGACAUUGCGGAAUUUGAUGCUGACAAUGUUAAGUCACAUAAUUCGGCUGGAGUUGAUGGAGUCCCUGAUGGUUGCAUAUCUGGUCACUUUCAAGAUUUGAACUUGGAUUUAGUUGCUGGGCACGAUGAGAAUGACCACACUAAGCAAGACGCGAGAGCGUCUGAGCUAGACCGGCCUAAUUUGUCAAGGGUUGAGGAGUGGAUUAGGAGUAUAGAACCAACUCCCUUCUUAGCAGAUGAAGAAGUUGAGCCCACAGCUUACUCAGAUACAGAGCCUUCAGCACCGGCCGCUUCCUUUUUCCGGGCUAGAGCUCGACCUGAUCAGAUGCAUCUAGAUGGAAUCGCUCUUGUGGACCGUAGAAACCAUCAGGGAGAGCAACUGAUAGAUGCUGACAGUGAAAUGGCAAGCUUUAUUGCUCGGUCUGUGAAUCCACUUUGUACAGUGGCUCAUUUCUCGGGAGUGGGAUUAAAGUUACCUCCACCCCUUGGCGCGCACAAUAAUUUGAAAACUCUCAACCUCUCUGCCAACGCUAUCGUACGCAUGUUACCCGGGUGUCUUCCAAAGAGCUUACAUACAUUGGAUUUGUCACGAAAUAAGAUAGUUGUGAUAGAAGGGCUCCGUGAACUCUCUCGACUCCGUGUGCUGAACCUAUCACAUAAUCGAAUUAUUCGAAUUGGACAUGGUUUGGCGAACUGUACUUCUUUGAGGGAAAUCUAUUUGGCUGGUAACAAGAUUAGCGAGAUUGAGGGACUACAUCGACUACUGAAACUUAGCUUCAUUGAUUUGAGUUUCAACAAAAUCGCCUCAGCUAAAUCUAUUGGGCAGCUAGCCGCCAACUACAAUUCCCUCCAGGCAAUCAACCUUUUGGGAAAUCCAUUACACAGCAACCUUGGUGAGGAGCCAUUACGGAAAUUGAUCGUUGGACUUACUCCGCAUGUAGUGUACCUUAACAAACAAGCUACGAAGGCCGUAUCUGCACGAGAUGCUUCAGUGGAUAGCGUGGCCAGAGCUGCUUUGGCAAAUCCUAGUCACCACACUCACCAACGAGGAAAGACCUCUUCACAAAGCAAAUCCCUUCGGCGAAGCGGUGCGCCUGCCUCAUCCACUGCUUCCAGCCCCCGUCACCGGGACAAACGGACUGGCGAGAAGUCUGCAGCAGGUCGUACCAAUGCACUGAAGAGUAGAACGCCCUCUGAGCUGCCUCCUCGACAUCGAUAUUCUCACAGCCGGCUUGUUCAUGGCUCUGGGGUCACUAAGGAUCACCCUCGUUCAGCCCAUCUUCCAAUGCCUCCACCAGUCCAGAAUUUUAUCAGAGCCGAGGAAAAGGUUUAAUUGACCUGACGUUUGCAAUAUUGUUGCAGUCGGAGACAAGACUAGAGGAAGGAAGUUUAGCAAGUUUGUCCGUUUGGUUUGGUGUUCACAAUAUCUGCAGAGUUGUGUUAGCAACCUGGUCAUUUCUGUUUCAGUGUACGGUAUGUUAGUGCUCUAAAAGUUUGAUAUGUUCAUGCCAUAAUGAAUACCCUGUGGGCAUUUUCAUUUUAAUAUUGCUGCCUUAAUUAAUUGAUGAGAUUCUCUGGCAUGAGAAUUUUUGUUU